AAAGACAUGUUCAUAAUUUCAUAUAUCACACUUUAAAAAAAUAUAACCAUGCUGUUUUUUAUUUAUUAAUGACAAAAUAUGAGUGUUUAUUAAAUAUAUUAUAUUUAAUAAAAAAUGGCUUUUACUACUCGUUUAUUUGUGGGAAAUAUACCAGAUAAUUUCAAUGAAAAGGCUUUACGAGAUGCGUUUUCUUCAUAUGGCGACAUAACCAAUUUCGAUUUAAAAUCAAAGCCUGGUAUAGACAGUGAUAAAAAAACCUUUGCUUUCGUAACAAUAUCUGCGUCAAAUUUUAAUGUAGAAUCAUGUAUAAAACAUUUUUCCAAUGAAGAAUUUCAAGGAAAUAGAUUACAUGUGACUAGAGCUCGUGAGAGCUUUUUAGAACGGUUACAAAGAGAAAGAGAACAAUCUCAAAGAAAUGACAAUAAACAGAUUGAAAAUGCACCGGUGAGCUCUUUAGCUAAUACCUUUCCCAAAAUUGACAAGCCAAGUUUAAAUAAAAGGAAAUUUAUUGAUGAUGAAAUAGAUGAUACCCCUAUUGUGAAGAAAAACAAAGUAAAAUAUGCAGAAAAGUCCAAUAAUUUAUCAUCAAACUUUGCCAAUGAUGAUUAUAAUAAAAAAGAAAAUUUUACAACAAUACCAUUUAAUCAUGAAGACGAUAAUAAAAAAGAAAGCACAUUUCAAAAUGAUGAAAAGAAACAAAACUCUGACAAGAAGAGAUUGGAGUCAAUGAAAAGAAAGAGACAGGAAUUUAGCGAGAAGAAAAAUAUUAUUAAAUCUGGCUUAAUAAGUAUUGAUAAAAAACCAAAUAAGAAGGUGAUAUUUUCUGACACAGAGGAAGAUAAUUCAGCUAAAAACAGUUUACCAAAUAGUGGAAAUGUCAAACAAACUCAUAAUGGAAAGGCAAGUUUAUUUGAAGAUGAAGUCAGUGAUGAUGAAAUCAAUUUCGAAAUAAAAAAGCAGUUUGAGGGUGUAAAAGGACAAAAGGUUUUAGAUUUACAAUCAAGAUAUAAAUCUGAUAAACGUUUCGUCUUGGACGAAAGGUUUGUUGAAGACGAUUCGGCAAGUGAAAAGGAAGACAAUGGAGAACAACGAGAUGAAAUUGAGAUUGGGCAAGCUGAUGAAAAGUCUAAACAACUAAAUAUUUUGCAAGAUGUACUUGGAGUUACUAUUAAAUCUAGAUAUGAAAAUCAAUAUGAUACAACAAAUAAAAUAAAAACAAAACUAGGGAUGCUUAGAUUUGAUCCAAUGCAACCAGAGCAUGCGAAAUAUUUAGCACCAGUGGAAACAAAACAAGAAUCAACUAAAAAAUCUAAGAAGAAAAAGUCUAAGGAUAUGGAAUCUAAAGAAGAGGAAAUAGCACAACCGGAACCCGUUGUGGAAAAAGUUGAAGUUUCAAAGGAACAAUUUUAUAAAAUAAGCGACACACUAAAAGAAGCUAUUACUCAGCCAAAUUCAUUUAGUUUAAGGAGUUUGUUUACAAAGGAUGAUAUUGCUCAGGAAGAAACUCCAGAAGAAGAUCAAAAUUAUAUUUCCCUUCCAAGUAAAAAGUUAUCAAAGGUCAAAAAUCCAUUGGAACCUGGUGAAAAAAAUCCAUUUGUUUAUGAUUCUUCGGAGUCAGAAAAUGAAGAAGACACUAAUCAAAAUUCUGAUAAAGUUGUGGAGGAGAAAAUUGAAACUAAAAUGGUCUGGAGAGAAAAGUUUUUCUUUUCAUCAGAUGAUAACAGAUUGAAAGAUGGAUUAUUAUUCUUCUGUAAGACUAAUGAAAACACUGUACAGAAAGAGAGGAGAGAAUUAAAAUCACUUAUGAAAAAGAGAAUUUAUAAUAAAGAGAGAAAGAAUACUAUGUUCCAGAAAAAAAUUGGUGGAAGAAAGAAAACUAUGAAAAAAAAGUUUAAGAAAGGUUGAUAUUAAAAUGAAUAAACAUGUCACAUCUA